UCGGCGGCGCUGUGCCUGCGCCUGGGCAGGGAGCAGCGGCGCUACUCGCUGUGGGACUGCCUCUGGAUCCUGGCCGCCGUGGCCGUGUACUUCGCGGACGUGGGCACUGACAUCUGGCUCGCCGUGGACUACUACCUGCGCGGCCAGCGCUGGUGGUUCGGGCUCACGCUCUUCUUCGUGGUGCUCGGCUCGCUCUCGGUGCAGGUGUUCAGCUUCCGCUGGUUUGUGCACGACUUCAGCACCGAGGACAGCGCCGCGGCCGCCGCCGCCUCCAGCUGCCCGCAGUCUGGAGCGGACUGCAAGCCGGUGGUCAGCAGCGGGUCUGCAGCCGCGGAAGGCGAGGCUCGCCCUUCCACGCCGCAAAGACAAGCAUCCAGCGCCAGCAAGAGCAACAUCCCCGCCACCAACAGCGGCAUCAACAGCAGCGGGGCCACCCGGGCCAGCGGCAAGCACAGGUCUGCGUCCUGCUCCUUCUGCAUCUGGCUCCUGCAGUCACUCAUCCACAUCUUGCAGCUCGGGCAGAUCUGGAGAUAUUUCCACACCAUAUACUUAGGCAUCCGAAGUCGGCAGAGCGGGGAGAACGAUCGAUGGAGAUUCUACUGGAAGAUGGUCUACGAGUACGCGGACGUGAGCAUGCUGCACCUGCUCGCCACCUUCUUGGAGAGCGCCCCGCAGCUGGUCCUGCAGCUCUGCAUCAUCGUGCAGACGCACAGCCUACAGGCCCUGCAAGGUUUCACAGCGGCCGCCUCCCUCGUGUCCUUGGCCUGGGCCCUGGCCUCUUACCAGAAGGCCCUCCGGGACUCCCGCGAUGACAAGAAGCCCAUCAGCUACAUGGCCGUGGUCAUCCAGUUCUGCUGGCACUUCUUCACCAUCGCCGCCAGGGUCAUCACCUUCGCCCUCUUCGCCUCGGUUUUCCAGCUCUACUUUGGGAUCUUCAUCGUCCUGCACUGGUGCAUCAUGACCUUCUGGAUCGUCCACUGUGAGACGGAGUUCUGCAUCACCAAGUGGGAGGAGAUCGUGUUCGACAUGGUGGUGGGGAUCAUCUACAUCUUCAGCUGGUUCAACGUCAAGGAAGGCAGGACUCGCUGCAGGCUCUUCACCUACUACCUGGUCAUCCUUCUGGAGAACACCGCCUUGAGCGCCCUCUGGUACCUCUACAAGGCUCCCCAGAUCGCAGACGCGUUCGCCAUCCCCGCGCUGUGCGUGGUGUUCAGCAGCUUCCUGACCGGCGUGGUUUUCAUGCUGAUGUACUAUGCCUUCUUCCACCCCAACGGACCCAGGUUCGGGCAGUCACCCAGCUGUGCUUGUGAAGACCCCGCCGCUGCCUUCUCUCUGCCUCCGGAGGUGGCCACGAGCACCCUGAGGUCCAUCUCCAACAACCGCAGCGUGGCCGGCGACCGCGACCAGAAAUUCGCAGAGCGGGAUGGGUGUGUCCCUGUCUUUCAGGUGAGGCCCACGGCCCCAUCCACCCCAUCGUCUCGCCCACCACGGAUUGAAGAAUCUGUCAUUAAAAUUGACCUGUUCAGGAAUAGGUACCCAGCGUGGGAGAGACAUGUUUUGGACCGAAGCCUCCGAAAGGCCAUUCUGGCCUUUGAAUGCUCCCCGUCUCCUCCGAGGCUGCAGUACAAAGACGACGCUCUCAUUCAGGAGCGGCUGGAGUAUGAAACCACUUUAUGAGACGAAGGGCCUGGAGGAGGGCCACGCCCUGCAGGUGCAGGGGCGACAGCGCGGCUGCGGCAAUAACGAACCUGCACCCGAGAGCGGGGCGGCGGGCGGCGGUGUCCUAGCCUGACCGCCGUCAGGACGAGGUCUGACCCUCCGCCAGCCGACUGCCUGCUGCUGGCCGCCUGUCCAAGAGCAGCCGCGAGCCUCCCGUUCCACCUGCAGGGGGCGGACCAGCGCAGCAGGACCCCUUGUGGCUGCCAGCCCCUCCCGCACAGUCUUUUAGCACAUCCGCCGGAGGGCACCGUUGUGAUGGAAAGUGUUGCCUCCAAUCAGUAGGGUGUUUUGAUGGAGUUAACUGAUCGUUGCAUAAAAUGUACUGAGUCAUACACACACGUACACACACACACACACACACACACACCAGUCCUCCGUCAAAAUAGCUUAGGUGAUUUUGCUUGAUGCAAAGCUGUGAUUCCCACAGGAACACAAAAACAAAGAGAGAAAACAUACCCCUCCAGACUUGAGAAGAAACAAAACAUAACAAAAAUUAGUACUGCUUAGACAGAAUUCAUAAACCAUUCUCAUGUGGAAACCAGUACCCUGUGUGAAGAGCCAAUAAUCCAACGACAGACAACCCAAGUGAGUUUACACAUGCAUUAGAGUUGAUGGAAUGGGUCGUUUUCAACACAUUUCAGGAUUUUUUUUAAUUUUAAAUUUUCAGUUCAGAACAUCUUUGAUGACAGAAACCCUAUGCAGCCCACGUCUGGCUUUUGAUAAGACCAAGGAGCUCGAUAACUUAGCGAUGUACGUUCAGUGAUAAUCAGGAUUCAGUAUUCAGUUUCAAAACUGUAAUAAAUACACAAAGAGGAAGCGGGGGCCGGGGGGCAGAGAGGCAAAGCGAGCGUCUGAUUCCCCAGCUUGCGCGCCUCGCACGGGACGUCCGGGCAGAGCUGCGCGA